AUGAUGAAGGAAAAAGAUAAGAAACUGAGAAGAAAAAGAUCACAAGAAAAAAAAGAGUAUCAUAGCUCCUCUGAAAGUAUGAAAGAUGAAGAGAUGGUUUCUUCUGAAGACGAACAUAAAAAAAGAAAAAAGAAAGAAGAUGAUAAAGAUAUAAAAGAACGAGAAAAAAGUAAAAAACCUGAUGAGGACAAAAUGAAAAAGAAAAAAGUAUACGAAGAAGAAAAUUCUAAUAAUGAAGAUGGAAACAUAAAAAAAAAAAAAAAAAAGAAAUCACAAAGUGAAGAAAUUGACAGUGAUAAUAAGAAUAAUGAUAAUAAUAAUAAUGAUAAUACGAAUAAUGAUAAUGAUGACCAAGAAGAUGAAAAUAAUAAUAAAUAUAAUGAUUAUAAAAAAAAACAUAAAAGUAAUAGUAGAAUUAUUGAUGAUCCAAAUAAUAGUGAUAAUGAUAUAAAAAAAAGAAGAAAAAAAAAUAAAAGUGAUACUAGUAGUUCAAUCAAUUCUAAUAUGUCUAAUAAUUAUAAUAAGAAUAACAAUUCUAAUAUUUCAGAGAUGUCUGAUAAUUCUUCAACAAAUUUGAGAAGAAAGAAAAGUAGAGAAGACGUGAUGAGGAAAAGAAAAAGAGAUAGAAGCUCUGAGUACAAAAUUAAAGGGUCCUAUAAAAAUAUUGAAAUACGAAUGAGGAAUAAAAAUAAAUAUAGAAGUUUAGAACGAAAAAUGAAAGAUAAAUCUAGAGAAAAGAAGAAAGGAAGAAGUCAAAAUUCAAACAGGAGUGAGAGUGGCAAUUCUAGUGAUGAAAAUAAUUAUAAAAAGACUAAUCAUAAAGAUAAUCAUAAUAAUAAUAAUAAUUAUAGUAGUAAUGAUGAUCAUAGUAGUAACACUGGUUCUUCAAAUAGCGAUACUAGUGAUAAUGGUAGUGAUAAUAGUAGCACCGAAAACACUGGUAGAAACAAACGUGUAAGAAAUGUAAGCUCGAGCGUUAGUAUAAGUGAAAGGAUGAGGAGGAGGAGGAGAAGCAAAAUGAAAAGAAAAAGAAGACAUUCAAGAUCUAUCAGUAUUGAAAGAAGGAUUAAGGUCAAACACAGAAAUGUAGAAGAUGAAGACUCAGAGGGUAGUGAUAGCAAAUCGAGGAGGAGAAAAAGAGAACGAAGUAGAGAUAAAUAUAGAGAAAGCCGCAGAGGUAGUAUUCGGGAUAGGGAUAAAGAAAGAUAUAGAGAAAGGGAGAGAGAAAGAGAAAGAGAAAGAGAAAGGGAGAGAGAAAGAGAAAGGGAGAGAGAAAGAGAUAGAGAUAGAGACAGAGAAAGAGAUAGAGACAGAGAAAGAGAUAGAGACAGAGAAAGGGAUAGAGAAAGACGCCGACAUAGAGAAAAAGAUCGAGAUAGAGAAAAAGAUCGAGAUAGAGAAAAAGAAAGACGUAAAAGCUACAAAUUUGAUUCUCCUCCUCACUCAUGUGAUGAAGAUAAUAAUAUAAAAUCAUCAAAGACAUCAAUUUCAAAUAAUAAUAAAUGCAUGAGCAUUCUAAGUAAUACUAUACCUACAUUAAAUAGUAAUAAUUUAGUAUUAAAUAAUGAUAUGUCUGUUGUUAAUAAUUCAAGUUCUAAUAAUAAUAUUGAGAGUUUAAUCGAAACUUUGAACAGUAAUAUUUUGAACACUAAUAAUAGCAGUUUAACAGCUAGCCACAUUUUAAAUAAUACUACUAAUAAUAGUAAUAAUUUGUUAUUAAACGAAAGUAAUUUUUUAAGUAAUAACACAUUAAGAAAUAAUAUAUUAUUAGAAGAAAAGAAUAUCUUAUUAAAACAAUCUCAUUUAAAUUUAUUAUUAAAUAAUCAAUUGAAAUUAAAUAAUGUAAUGUCAUUACAGAAUAUAUAUAAGAAUGUAUUAAAUAUAAAUGAAUUAAGUUUGUCAACAAUAGAUGUAAAUAUAGAAAAGACAGCUAGAGAAUUAUAUGUUGGUAAUAUACCUCAAAAUAUAGAUAUACAAGAAAUUGUAAAAUUUUUAAAUUCAUGUUUAUUAAUAUUAUAUAAUAAAGAAAAUGAAAAUGAAAAUAUAUGUUUGAAAGCAUGUAUAAGAGGUGAUACACAUUAUGCAUUUGUAGAAUUUAGAAAUAUUCAGGAUACAUCUAAUUGUAUGUUAUUAAAUGGUAUUCAUUUUUAUGGAAAUAAUUUAAGAAUUGGUAGACCAAAAACAUUCCCUAUUGAAUAUCAUAAUUUAAUACCACAAGCAAAUAUUCCUAUUAUUGAUAAUUAUUAUUUAUCUCAAGGUUUAAUUGGAUUAAGAGCUUUUGUUAUUUUUUGUAAAAAUGAAGAAAAAAUGAAAAAUGAUGGAUUACCUAUUAAUAUGAUAAAAUUACAAAAAUUAUGUGUAUCUAAUAUAUCAAAAAAUAAUGAUACUAGUAAAAUUAAAGAACUAUUAGAAGCUUUUGGAGAAAUUAAAAGUUUUGAAUUUUUUUAUGGAGAUGAUAUAUCAGAUACUUAUAUAAGUUUAGUUGAAUAUGUAAAUACAGAAAAUGCUAUUCAAGCUCAUAAAAUACUAAAUCAAAAUACAAGUUAUAAAAUUCAAUUUGAACACGAAAUAAUUAACGAUCCUCAUAUUAAUAAUAUAAUUAAAAAUAAAUAUAUGAAAACUCAAAAUUCUAUACUCACUCUACAAGUUCCUACCAAAGUUAUUGUUCUCAAUAAAAUUGCUACCUUUGAGGAACUAUCAGAUACAAAUGAAUAUAAAGAUAUAAUCGAAGACAUCAAAAUUGAAUGUGAAAAGUAUGGAAAGACACUGGAGGUAGUCUUGCCUGUUUUCUCGUAUAGAACCUAUGACUAUUUGAAAAGGAUGUCAAAUAAAAAGCACUUUCCAAAUGUCGACCAUUUGGAACCUCACACAGGUAAAGAAACUAAUGUGGGCAAUCAAAAUUGCGAUGAUAAUAAUAAUAAGAAGAAGCAAGAUGAUGGUGAUGAUAAUAAUAAUAAGAAGAAGCAAGAUGAUGAUAAUAAUAAUAAGAAGAAGCAAGAUGAUGGUGAUGAUAAUAAUAAUAAGAAGAAGCAAGAUGAUGGUGAUAAUAAUAAUAAUGAUGGUGAUGAUAAUAAUAAUGAUGGUGAUGAUAAUAAUAAUGAUGAUGAUAAUGAAGAAGAUUUAACACAUACCAAUUAUGACCUUACAUCUAUAGGAUGUGCCUUUAUUCAUUUUGAAAAUAUAGAAUCUGCAACCAAAGCAAGAAAAGAAUUAAGUGGUAGAAAAUUCGGAGCAAAUAUUAUCGAAGCAAAUUAUUUUAGUGAAAAAAAAUUCUUAAUGAAAAAUUUUAAAAAUGUAAAAUAUAAUUUUAAACAAUCUCAUUCUUCUCUUUUUAAUGUAAACUUAAAAUUAGGUAAUUUGACAUACUCAGAUUGUUCAGAUGAUGAAUAA